GCGCGGCCGCCCCUUAGCGCGGCUCGGCCCGGCGGCAUGAAGCUGACGGACAACGUCCUGCGGAGCUUCCGCGUGGCCAAGGUGUUCCGCGAGAACUCGGACAAGAUCAACUGCUUCGACUUCAGUCCCAAUGGCGAGACCGUCAUUUCUAGCAGCGACGACGAUUCCAUCGUGCUGUACGACUGCCAGGAGGGCAAGCCGAAGAGAACGCUGUACAGUAAGAAGUACGGAGUGGACCUCAUCAGGUACACACACGCAGCCAACACAGUUGUGUACAGCUCCAACAAGAUAGAUGAUACAAUCCGGUACCUGUCGCUGCAUGACAACAAAUACAUUCGCUAUUUUCCUGGGCACACCAAGAGAGUGGUUGCCCUUUCAAUGUCUCCAGUGGAUGAUACUUUUAUUUCUGGAUCCUUGGAUAAAACCAUUCGACUCUGGGAUCUUCGCUCUCCGAAUUGUCAGGGUUUAAUGCAUCUCCAGGGGAAACCGGUUUGCUCUUUUGACCCAGAAGGGUUGAUUUUUGCUGCUGGAGUCAAUUCUGAAAUGGUGAAGCUUUAUGAUCUCCGUUCUUUUGACAAGGGGCCGUUUGCGACGUUUAAGAUGCAGUACGACCGCACGUGUGAGUGGACGGGCCUGAAGUUCAGUAACGAUGGCAAACUCAUCCUGAUAUCAACUAAUGGAGGAUUCAUUCGACUGAUUGAUGCCUUUAAAGGAGCUGUCCUGCAUACAUUUGGGGGGUAUAACAACAGUAAGGCUGUCACGCUGGAGGCGUCCUUCACACCAGACUCCCAGUUCAUCAUGAUAGGAUCAGAGGAUGGGAAGAUUCACGUUUGGAACGGGGAAAGUGGGAUGAAAGUGGCAGUGCUGGAUGGGAAGCACACAGGUCCCAUAACGUGUCUGCAGUUCAACCCCAAAUUCAUGACUUUUGCUAGCGCGUGUUCAAAUAUGGCCUUCUGGUUGCCGACUAUUGAUGACUAAUUCCUACACUGCAGCUACUGUCAGAUGAUUUUCCAUGCUGCUAACAGCAGUGUAUUCUUGCAAGGAUAGUAUUGGAAUUGCCUACAUCUUUUAGACUCUGAUCCCAUUCCUGUAUAUGUUUCCAUAUGUCUUACCUUAUUGGCUGCAUUCCUCUCCAAGAACUCCUUCAAUUGACCUCCUAGCAUGUUCAGAAGUGACGUACAACACUUCCUUACCUUGCAGACCAUGCCCAGCAGGCUUCAGCUGAAGUUGAAACUGGCGCAGUAUUAUGAAAGCAGGGGAGUCUGCUUUAUUUACAGAAUGCUUGUGGCAGUUUUUAAGCUGUAAUUUUGUAUUCUCCUCCUUUAAGUGCAUAAUACAAUUGAUGUUCCAAGGUGGAACAUGCAGUUCCUUCCCACAAGUGCAUGUUUUUCACAUCUGGGAUCUCUGUUUCACUGCAGUCCACGGAUGGAAAUUACUUCUGUGCCAAAUGUGAACACUGACAGAUUUCAACUCGAAGAACACAUGCUGGAGACUCUUGCAAUUGAACACAUGCUGAAAGAGUGGGUGACUGUACAUUUACAUCAUGCAUCCUGUCAUCCUUUUUUGGCAAUUUAGUGUGCAACAAACCAUACACAUCUUUGACACUGCCAGAGCUUUAAGAAGCCUCCCUGCUGUUUGCUCUGCCAGCAUCCCAAAGGGGGCACACAGUGCUGAAGUCUGGUCUGUGUCCCAAGCAAUAAAGGAGUCUGUCAGCAGGAAGAUGGGGAAGCCAAUCUGGGACUGAAAGCACAGUAUGCCUCUGUAUCUUCCUUGUGUAUCAUCUUGGCUGAUUUUGUAAAUACUUUUGGGGGGCAGUGGGAAUGGGCCAUAUUUUUUUACUUCUAGAUAUUAAAGAAUGUGAUGUGGGCCAGUGUUGUGGGAUGUCAAAGCUGUUCACUUUCACCAAUGCAGUUUUCCCCUCCUGGUUUGUAAAUAAGCUCUGUUAAGUGCUCCCCAGACUGGGGUUAGACCUGUAUCUCUUGGCUGGUGCAACAACAUGCACAGUUGGUUUGUUGUUUCAUACACUGUGCACUUGUUACUGGGGGUGCAGGUUUUCAGCUGUGGCAACCCCCCAAAAAAAGCGAUGCUUCAUUUGCCAGAUGGAAUUGCAUUGAAAGUAAAGCUUAAUGUGCUUUUGCUGGCUUUGUUCUGCUGUGGCCCUGUUCCAAGGACCACCCCCACAGAGGUGCUCUCCCACUCCAGUGGGGCUUGCUGGCAAAUUCCAGUCUUAAGUCUGGUUCCAGGUUCUUUCUCCUGUGAUGUUGACUGAUUAGAUACAUCCAGUGACCAGCUCAGAGUAAAUGUGGCAUUUAUUGUAUUCUUACCUUUCUAAAUGUGCUUGGUGUUACAUGCUGGGCCGUGGCCUUGAAAGUCUAUUCUUCUCUUCUGAAUGUAAAAUGCUGGCAAGCGUGGAGCACGGAGCGAAGGGGGCAGCAGACCAGUGCUGCUGAUUUCACCAGACCUUUCUGCUGUUAGAGCUGCAGUUGAGAGAUUCAUAGCACUACACCAGCAUCCCUCUUCCCAGUGAGUACUGUCCCACCAGCACCUACAAACACCCAGGGCAAAGGGAGGUGGAUAUCUCUGACCUUAUGCUCCCACUGGGUUUUCACCACCAUCUCUUCAGCUCGGUGCUAUUUCACCUUUCUCAGUGUUUCUGUAAGCAGCCAUCUUUUGCAGUGGUUUGUAACAUACAGCCCCUUGGGGUCUGUAGCACCUUUUAACAGUCUGCUUUUACAUUCGGUAGCAAAUGGUUUUAAACUCUGUUGCCUUAGAGAAUGGAUACCCACCCAGAUGUUUCUUUCCUGCUAUUUUUUAUAGGGAAAGGCAUUUGGAAGUCUUUUAUUCUAAAAAUGUUCUUUGUUGACGUGGCUUGAGUGCUUGUUUAAAAACAGUUAGUCAGUUCUCUUCUGCUUGCAGUGUUGUAGAACUUUGUGCAUUGCAGCAUGAAAAGCUUUUUUAAAACAGAAGAAGAGGACCAAAGUCCCAGUCUGGAGGGACACAUCCCUGAAGGCUAUCAGUGGAAUUCUGGGGUGAGACGAAUUCACACGUUUGUGCCCAACACAGCACUAAGGCUCAGUUCAUACUGGAAUGCUUUCCCAGGGCCAGCUGCUACCUGCACAGUGGCAAAGCCAAAUUUAUGGGUUGGUAUAGCAGUGAAUGCUUUCUGUUUGCCUUUUAAAAGAAGGAAAGGUGCUCAGUAGCGUUAAGAAACUUUGGUAUCCCGUGUUUCUGGAAGAUCAGGAGAAGAAAGGUCUUAGCUUCCAGCUUCUACAUGUGUCUCUAAAAGUUAGAAGACUACAGUUCUUGUGCUCUUUAGUUGGGUGCCCCAAUGAGAAACAUACCUCAUUAAAAAACAGCACUCUCAGAUCUAACAGUGCCCAAACUUACGUAAAGCCAAGUAGGAAUCAGCAUUCUACACCCCACCACCCACACUGGAGAUCUUGUAGAUCAACCCUUUGUUCUUUAGGACAAAAUAAAGCUGAAGGGAAAGCAAGACUCGACGGCCCGCUCCUAAAUAAUGCUGUUGGCUGAGCUCAUCUGCUUGGACUGUAGGAGACUUUGGUGUGGAGUUUUUGAGGCUCCUGGUCUGGGGAACAUGGAAGCACUUAAGUGAACAAAUGUGGAAGCAGCAGUGUAUCUUCCUCCAGUGUUGCUUCUGCCUGUAUUUGCACUUUAAGAGUCUCCACCUUGGUUUUGGGUCCAGGCUAGGAUCCUGUUGAGAAAAAGCUGGUCUCUUCGGUUAUGAGCUGGUUUGGUGAAUUUAACUCCUAGGUGGUAUAUCUGCAGAUGGGUGUAAAUACGUGAAUGUGGAGAACUCAAUAUUGUGGCUGUUAACAAUAAAUAUUUUGUAGACAGA